AAUGACCACGGAGAAAUCCUAGGAAACAGAAGACAACAAGAUAUCUCUUUGGGAAAGACCUCCUUAAACUUGAAGAUGAGUCAAACAAGCAAGAAAAGUUCCUCAGAUGAAGAAACUAAACCCCAGACUUCAGUAGUCAACAAAUUCUUCAGAGGCUCAACACUCAGGUCCUCCAAAGCUGAAAGCAGAAAAGAAAGCAAUGACCUUAAAAUGACUGACUUCCAACCCAGUGGUGAGACACAGAAGCCUGCCCCCUUAGACGCUGCCAAGCCUCUUUCUUCAGAAAUGGAACCAGGAUGCAGGACGGAGAAAAAUGAGCAGUUCCUGCGGAAGCUGGGCAAAAAGGCUGUCGACAGGUGUCUAGAUCUGAAUAACUGCAGAUUAACAACAGCGGACGUGAGGGAGAUGGUUGCUUUGCUGCCUUUUCUCCCAGACUUGGAAAAGCUGGACAUUUCCUGGAAUGAUUUCAUAGGCGGAACCCUCCAUUCAAUGACUGAGCCAAUGCAUCAUGUCAACAAGUUAAAAAGCCUGAGGCUGGGUAGCUGCAGACUCACCACCGAUGAUGUUCGGGCACUGGGAGAAGCUCUGAAAGCGAUACCUGACCUUGAAGAGCUGAAUUUGUCCUGGAACUGUAAAGUGGGAGGAAACUUGCCUCUGAUCCUCCAGAAGUUCCAAGCAGGGGGCAAGAUACGAACGCUGGAGCUUGUGGAUUGUGCCCUCACAUCAGAAGAUGGAACAUUUGUGGGUCAGUUGCUGCCUAUGCUGCAAAGUCUUGAAGUGCUUGACCUUUCCAUUAACAGAAACAUCGGUGACAGUCUAAACAGUAUUGCUCAGGGAUUAAAAAGCACCUCAAAUCUGAAAGUAUUGAGGUUACAGUCCUGUGGAUUAUCACAAAAGAGUGUCACAUUAUUGGAUGCUGCUUUUACAAACUUGGGUGAGCUGAGGGAACUCGACCUUUCCUGUAACAAGGAGCUGGGUGGAGGUUUUGAAGACUUGCCAGCUCAGCUGGCCAUGCUGGAGUGCCUGGAAGUCCUGGAUCUUCACCAGUGCUCACUAACAGCAGGCGACGUGGUGUCACUGACCCAGGUUAUCCCUUUAUUCUCGAGUCUUCAAGAAUUGGAUUUAUCUGCCAACAAAAAGAUGGGCAGCUCUUCUGAAAAUCUACUCAGCAGGCUCCGAUUUUUACCAGCACUGAAGUCAUUACAAAUCAACAACUGUGCUUUGGAAAGGGAGACUUUCUCCGCCCUCGCUGAAGCCUCCAUUCACCUCCCUGCUCUGGAAGUGUUCAACCUUUCUUGGAAUAAGUGUGUUGGUGGCAACCUGAAGCUGCUUCUGGAAACACUAAAGCUUUCAAUGUCCCUUCAAGUGCUGAGGCUGAGCAGCUGUUCCCUUGUGACGGAGGACAUGGCUCUCCUGGCAUCGGUAAUACAGACAGGUCAUCUGGCCAGGCUGCAGAAGCUUGACCUGAGCUAUAACGAUGGCAUCUGUGAUGCAGGAUGGGCCGUCUUCUGCCAAAACGUGUGGCUUCUCAAAGAAUUAACUGAGCUGGAUAUUAGCCUUCGACCAUCAACUUUUCGAGAUUGCGGACAAUGGUUUAGACACUUGUUAUGGGCUGUGACCAGACUUCCGGAGAUCACUGAAAUAGGGAUGAAAAGAUGGGUCCUCUCACCUUCCCUGGAGGAAGAACUGGAAUGCUUCGGCCAAGAUCAUGGAAGCAGCAUUCACUUUGACCACGGCGGAUGUCAGUAA